AUGACGAACAUCAACAUUCAAAUCAUCUCCGACACCAUCUGCCCAUGGUGCUACGUCGGAUUCCGCCGCCUCUCGCGCGCCAUCGCAACCCAUAAAACCGCCCACCCGGCCGACACCUUCACGCUGACCUGGCACGCCUUCUACCUGAACCCCAACAGCACCAUCUACCCGGGCGUCGACAAGACGGAGUUCUAUCAGAGCAAGUUCGGUACCGACCGCACCGCCGCCAUCUUCCAGCGCUUGUCGGCCGUCGGCGACGCCGAGGGGAUCUCGUUCCGCUACGGCGGACGCACCGGGAACACGCGAGACUCGCACCGGCUGCUGUGGUAUGCCGGACAGCUGGAGAAGAAAGAGAGGGAGGGGGCGGCUCCGGCGCCGUCGGACGUAGUGGGCGGAUUGCAGACGCGGGUCGUGGAGCGCCUGUUCCGGGCGUAUUUCGAAGAGGAGAAGAACAUUACGGAUUGGCAGGUUCUGCUGGAGGCGGCGCAGACGGCGGGCCUGGAUCGCGCCGAGGUGGAAAGGUUCCUGGCAACGGAUGAGGGUGGUCAAGAGGUCGACGUGGAGGCGUAUCGGGCGCAGAGACGGCUGGUGACGGGCGUGCCGUAUUUCACCAUCCAAGGGGAGUACGCCAUCGAGGGCGCCAACGAGCCCGACGCCUUCCUCGAGGCCUUUGAUCGCGUCAAGGCGAAUGCCUAG